AUGGUAGCUGCUUCUACAGUUGCUGCGAAGAAUGUCGUGAAUCAAACCACCUGCGGAGGCACGACAUACACCUACAACGAAUUAGCCGGAUACGGCUUCGUGCCCUCAAAUGCAACCGAUAAAUACGGCGACACGUUGGGAGGUUACGGAAGUUCCGCCGCAAUUGACCAGUCUUCCUGGCGCAAGACAGGCAAUGGCUCGUAUGCGGGGAUUGUCUACACCCUUCCAGAUCGCGGAUGGAACACAAACGGAACCCUCAACUUCCAAUCCCGCAUCCACAAAUUAGCCAUCUCACUUACCCUCGCUCCUCAUGCCUCAGCACAGAAUCCGUCUGAACCAAACCUCCGCCUCAAAUACCUAGAUACCAUCCUCCUCACCGGUCCUGACGGUGAACCCACAACUGGCCUCGACGCCGAUAUCACCGGCCAUGCCUCUUACCCAGGUUUCCCCCCAUUACCCGUCGCGACUUACGAAGGCGAUGGCUUCGGGGGCGCAGGACCAGGCGGAAAGCGCAUCUCAAUCGACAGCGAAGGUCUAGCGCUAGGCCACGACGACACGUUCUGGAUCUCCGAUGAAUACGGACCGUAUGUGUACAAAUUCGAUAAAUAUGGGAAGAUGCUCCUGGCCAUCCAACCACCAGAUGCCUUCCUCCCCCGGCGCAACGGAAGUAUCAGCUUUAACUCUGACUCCCCGCCUAUCUACGCACCAGAGAAAAUCUCCACUCCAGAAGAUACAGAGACAGGACGCAAUAACAACCAGGGUCUCGAAGCUAUCGCUAUCUCCCCCGACGGAAAGACAUUAUACACGAUGAUCCAAUCCGCGCUGGACCAGGAGGGUGGUCCGGAAAAACAACAUCGUCAACCAGCGCGGAUUCUUGAAUAUGAUAUUUCUUCCCCGGAUACACCUGUGUACAAACAUGAAUAUGCGGCGUUGCUCCCGAAAUACAGAGACUAUACCAAGUCUGCCGACGAUAAGAAGGCAUACCGCGUCGCAAGUCAGUCUGAAAUUCAUAUCCUCCCCACAGGCGACUUCCUAGUCCUGGCCCGUGACUCGGAUUUUGGUAACGGUCAGGAAAACACGCGCUCUGUUUACCGGCAUGCGGAUGUCUUUUCUAUCUCGAACGCUACAGAUCUGAAAGGUUCGAAAUACGAUUCCGCAAAUGGGUCGAUCGCAUCUAGCAAAGGUGUCCUCAACCCCGGUAUCACGCCAGUUGAGUACUGUGAGUUCGUGGAUUACAAUGUCAACUCCGAGUUGGCGAGAUUCGGAAUGCGGAAUGGUGGGAAGUCGGGCCCUGAGGCGCUGAAUGAGAAGUGGGAGAGUUUGGCACUUGCUCUUUUGGAGCCAGAGUCAAGUUCAUCUGGGGACGGGAAGAAGGAGUAUCUUCUGUUCAGUUUCAGCGAUAAUGAUUUUAUGACCCAAGAUGGGCAUAUGAACUUCGGGAGAUUCGACUAUGCCGAUGAGUUGGGUUACAGUCUGGAUAACCAGGUUCUUGCUUUCAAGAUUUCUUUUUAA